CCCAAUUUCAAACCCGCGCGUCCGGUGGCGCCGUCCGCCGCCUAAAACCCCGCCCCCUCCGCCUCCGUCGGCCUUCGCCGCCCUAGGUAGCUAGGAUUCCUCGGCCUCCACGCGCGCGGAGCCACCCCCACCAACGGCAUCCCAUGCCCCGUGCGCCGGCGACCAGCGCCGCAUCCCACCGCCGCCGCGGCAAGCGGCGCGUCAUCGGCGCCCACGGCACCGAAUCCCUUCCUCGCGGCCGCAGCCACCUCCUCGCCUUCCGCUCCUUCACCCUCCGCUUCGCCCUCGCCGCCCCGCGCCACCGCCGCCGCAAGCGCCGCCUCGGCGGCGCCCGCCGCCCCGCCCCCAGUCCCCGCCGCCGCAGCGGCAGCGUUGUUUCCCCCAGCCGCUUCCUCGCCCUCCGCCCGUUCGUCCUCCGCUACCUCCUCGCGGCCGGCGCAUCGACCCCUUGCCGCCGUCGGAAGGCCUCCGUGAUAGACAUGGGCCACUACAUUUCGCGGCUGCUGAGGGAGACUCGCACCGGCGAAGGCGGCUCAAGGGUACGCAAGAGGCGUGACAAGGGAUUGCGGGAGGUGAUAGAUCUCAGUGCGAAUAGGGUUCAAGCGGACAAGGCCAAUCCCGCCAGGUGGGGUAUUGGCGAUGUGAGCAACAUCACACUGGAGGAGGUGCCUGACGAUAGUCUCGAAGAGGAUCUGUCUGAAUUAUUUGCACCUCUCACAAAUGAAGAAGAGAGUGAAGUAAACAACUUAUUGAAUGGUAGUUCUCACAGUAAAAAAGUAAUAGUGCUGCAUAAGCCUUCAAACAUUGAGAUUACCAAAGAGAAACUAUGGUGUUUGAGGCCUCGUGGUUGGUUAAACGAUGAGGUCAUCAAUUUGUACCUUGAAUUAUUAAAGGAGAGAGCAGAAAGAGAACCCAACAGAUUUUUAAAAUGCCACUUCUUUAACACAUUCUUUUAUAAGAAGCUUGCUUGUGGAAAAACUGGGUAUGACUAUCAGUCUGUUAGAAGAUGGACGACCCCCAACAAGUUGGGUUAUAGGCUUGCGGAGUGUGAGAAAAUAUUUAUUCCAGUACACAGAGAUGUACAUUGGUGCUUGGCAAUUAUUGACAUGAAGGAAGAAACUUUUCAUUAUCUCGAUUCCCUUGGUGGCAAGGACAGUGCCGUACUGAGGAUACUGGCUAGAUAUAUCGUGGAUGAAUUGAAGGACAAGAAUGACAUAGAGAUAGACACAAGUUCUUGGCGGGAAGUAUCUGUUCAUAUUCCUUUGCAACAUAAUGGAUGGGAUUGUGGUAUGUUUAUGCUCAAGUUCAUUGAUUUCUACAGCAGAGGUCUCAUACUAUCUUUUAGUCAGGAACAUAUGGAAUAUUUUAGGAGGCGGACAGCAAAGGAGAUCCUGAGAUUAAGAGCUGAUUAAGAAUGUCCUGUUUAUGCCCAACGUCCAGACAUUUUCCGAAGGUAUUCUUCUUGCAUUCCGCUUGCCAAGAUGCGAGGAAGUAUUUCUCGGCUGUCAACAACUAGAGGUGUGGUGAUUAUAAGCUCUAGGAGUAAUCACCAUGCCACCACAGUUUUGUAAGAUCUUUAAUUCUUAUAUUCAUCUAGGAUCUGAUUUUGGUAGAAUAGAGGGCUGGAAAAGAGAUAUAUAGGGAAGACAGUAAGACAAGUUUAGAGGUAGAGUGCUCUGCUCACGUCGAUAGCAUGUAGCAAUAAUUGCAAUUUUUUGGAACUAAAGAAAGGUUGACCUUGUAUCUCUUAUUCUACUAUUAACUUAACAUUGCAUGUACUGCUGUGGAAACUUAAUCAAGCAGUGCGGUUCUGUGAU